AUGUCGACGUGGGGUGAACAUUUCCGGGUCACCACCUAUGGCGAGUCUCACUGCCGCUCGGUCGGCUGUAUCGUCGAUGGCGUCCCUCCCGGCAUGCAGCUCACCGAGGACGACAUCCAGCCCCAGAUGACCCGCCGCCGUCCCGGCCAGAGCGCCUUGACAACCCCGCGCGAUGAGAAGGAUCGCGUUGAGAUCCAGUCAGGCACAGAGUUCGGUAUUACAUUGGGUACUCCAAUUGGAAUGGUGGUCCGCAACCAAGACCAGCGGCCCAAGGACUACGGCGGCAGCACAAUGGAUCUGUACCCCCGUCCCAGCCAUGCGGAUUUCACCUACCUCGAGAAGUACGGCGUCAAGGCCAGCAGCGGUGGUGGCCGUAGCAGUGCCCGUGAAACCAUCGGUCGUGUCGCCGCCGGCGCCAUCGCCGAGAAAUACCUCAAGCUGUCGCACGGCGUUGAGAUCGUGGCCUUUGUCUCCUCCGUCGGCAACGAGUACCUUUACCCCCCAACGCCCGAGCACCCUACCGCCUCCACCAACCCAGAGUACCUGCAGCUUCUUGAAAAAAUUGACCGCGAGACUGUCGACAAGUUCGCACCCAUUCGCUGCCCCGACGAGGAUGGCGCCGCACGCAUGACUAAGGUCAUCGAGAAGUUCCGCGACAACCACGACAGCAUCGGCGGGACCGUGACCUGCGUGAUCCGCAAUGUGCCCAUUGGCCUGGGUGAGCCCUGUUUCGAUAAGCUUGAAGCCAAGCUCGGCCACGCCAUGAUGAGCAUCCCUGCCACGAAGGGUUUCGAGAUCGGCUCCGGUUUCGGUGGCUGUGAGGUUCCCGGCUCUAUCCACAACGACCCCUUCAUCGCCUCCCCCUCCGCCGAUGGUGUUCAGCGUCUCACCACCAAGACUAACAACUCCGGCGGUAUCCAGGGUGGUAUCUCCAACGGUGCCUCCAUCUACUUCCGCGUCGCCUUCAAGCCCCCGGCGACUAUCGGUCAGGCGCAGACCACCGCCACCUACGCCUUCGAGGAGGGUGUCCUUGAGGCCAAGGGUCGUCACGACCCCUGCGUCGUGCCCCGUGCUGUCCCUAUUGUCGAGGCGAUGUCCUCGUUGGUGAUUAUGGAUGCGCUCAUGGCUCAGUACGCUCGUGAGGGUGCGAAGAACCUGCUCCCCCGUCUGCCCACUACUCUGCCCACGAAGCCGGCUACUGCCCCUCACGGUGCACCUGCCUUGUAG